AUGUUAGAUCGGGAAAAUCAGAGGAGCUGGAUCCGUGCGCAUUUGGAUCGAGUUGAGUGUCAUUCCCACGCGGCAGAAGUGCUUGCAAAGCACAGCCAAAAGCGGACAGUCGACUCAAACUCAGCACUCUCUCAAAGUGGAGACUCUCGGCACCCUUGCAUUCACGUCAGUCUCUUCCAUCAUCCCAUUACUUUGCUCUAUCGGUACCGCGUCCUCGCAACCAUGGAUACCGAAGAGGACACCUUCACCUCGGUCACCUGGGAGAACCGUGACACAUCCUCAGGCUCACAACCUACCUUCUCAACCACUCCCUCCUUCUCCAACAGCAAUGCCAUCGCAGGUCCAUCUCACUUGGGCGCAUCUUCUUCCGCCAAUGCGCUGGCACGAGACGUCCACGCUUCCGACGAUCCCGCACAGCUCUCGUGGGCUGGCUAUCUGAUGGUCCAGGUCGUAGAACCACGCAAGGAGCUCGAAGGUCAAAAGGAUGCUUUCAUCAGCUACGGCAUCCGUGCAGAGACCAACCUCCCGCACUUCUCACGCACAUACAUGGCCACCCGUCGUCGCUUCAACGACUUCACUUUCCUUCGCGAAGGUCUCAAACGCGACUUCCCCGCGUGCGUCGUUGCGCCGCUGCCGGACAAGCAUCGUCUCGAGUAUCUGACAGGAGACCGUUUCAGCCCCGAGUUCAUCGAGAGGCGCACCCAGGACCUUCAGCUCUUCCUCGAACGCAUCUGCCGUCAUCCAACACUGCAACGCAGCCAGCUGCUUCGCAACUUCCUCGAGAGCUCAGAAUGGCAGGUCGACAUGCACGCGCACAACUCGUCCCACAGCGGCACCAACUCUGCAGCCGGCGCUUCCACCCUCGUUUCUGGAUCGCAGGUUGAAAACGCAGGUCCACCUAGCUUGCUAGACAGCCUCAGCGAUCACUUUCUCAACGCAUUUUCCAAAGUACGCAAGCCCGACGAACGGUUCGAAGAGAUCAGAGAGAGCAUCGACAAGCUCGAAGAAGGGCUGGCUGGAACAGAGCGCGUGCUCUCUCGCAACAGGAAUCGCAUAGCUGCUCUGCCGUUUGGCGACGUCUAUGCUCCCCAACUCGGAACCGGCCUCGAAGAUCUUUCCACCGACUACGAGGAUUUCGCCACGAGCAUCGAAGGCCUCGGGUAUUUGGAGAGCGGGAUCACCGAGCCGUUGAACAAGUUUGCCGCUGCGAUGCUCGAGUUUGCUCGGUUGGAGAGGGUUACUUCUGCAAAGUCGACGGAUGCGAUGCUUUCGCAGAUGCAAGCGUUGCUCUCGUACGCCAGGUCGCACAAAUCCGUCCUCAAGUUGAGGGAUACCAAGCAGGUGGAUUUCGAAGAACUUACAGACUACCUGUCCGGAGUCGUGUCGGAACGUGAUCGUCUGGCCUCCCUGUCAUCGCCGUACGGUGCGGGUCAUGGUCAUGGAGGUGUACGAGGUGCCGGCAUCUCUGGCUACCUCAAGGACAAGGUGGACCAUCUUAGGGGUGUGGAUGAGGAGAGGACGAGAGUCGGAAGAAUGCAGAGGUUGGAUGGAAAGAUCAAAGAGUUGCAGGAUGCGGUGACCAGCGCACACGAUACAAGUCAGGCGUUCAAUGGAGAGGUGAUGGUCGAGAAUCGCAUCUUCCAUCUGGCCAAGGAGCAGGAGUUGAAGGAUGUGCUGGCUACGCAUGCGGAUGGUCAGAUCGAGCUGUACGAGGGUCUGGUGGGGGUGUUUGAUCAGUUGAUCCCGCAGUUGGAGAGGAUCAGGGUCGGGUAG